UUUUGCAUCUUAUUUGCUACUUUUCUUUUCUAAUACAUGCAGAUCUGUAUUAAGGUAUCUCCAAUUUACAUUAAAGAGUAGUAGCAAGAUCCUCUUAGUAACCGUACCGCAAUACCGCAUCCAUUUUGCGACGAGUGAGCUCAAAAAACGUUAACCUCCUAGGGCAAUAAUAUAAAUUACGUAAUUGCCUAUAGAAUUUUCGUUGAAAAGAAAUAAGCAAAGGCCUCGCUUUUUCAAUUAUCAUUCCUUAUAUUAGCGACACUUAAAGCUGGAACAUUUUAAUAGGAACAAUGACAUCAUUACCCCAUCAAUAGCCAUUAUGUUUAACCUAACGACAUGAUUUACUAUCGCGUUGUUAUCACUUUGCCCCGUUUCCUAUGCAAUAAACGAAAUAACUAAUAGUCAGUUAAUUUGUGUUGCUCUGACAUUGGUGCCAAUGACAAUCAUUAUUUCUAAAACUUAAUGAGCUCUUUGGCAUUAGCGCCAUUUAUACGGCAAUUAAUGUAAGUAUACUGUCUAAUGAAAACCUAACACUCGUAUAGAAAUUGUCGAAGACAGCAUACUUGUCUACUAGUCAAUCAUUCUACAACAUGUUAAAAGAAUCAACAGUGCUUUGUUUCUACUUUGUUCUGAUUACCUGUUUUUUCAAAGAAGCUUCCACAAUAUUAUUUUCCAGUAAUAGUUUAGAAAUAGAAAUCCCUCAAGGAAAAUUAAGAGGAUCUUACAGUUGGUUGGAAAAUCAAAAUAAGUUUCUGGGAAUACCGUACGCUUCUGUCCGCGAAAGAUACGAAGCACCCGGUCCACCUCCAACAUGGAGCGGUACAUUCGACGCCAACCGCAGCGUAAAAUGCAAACAGUACUUCUCUGCUUUAAGAACACCCGUUGGACAAGAAGAUUGUCUCGUCCUCAAUAUAUUCACACCAACAUCAGUGAACACGCCAUUACCGGUAAUCGUGUUUAUACAUGGCGGUGGUUUCUACUGGGGCUACAACACCAAGCUUAUUUAUAACCCCAGAUACAUUGUGCAGGAAAACGUAAUAGUUGUCACUAUAAACUAUCGCCUUGGUGCAUUUGGUUUUCUUUGCCUUGGACUCAAAGAAGCUCCAGGAAACGCUGGCCUGAAGGACCAGGUAGCCGCACUAAAGUGGAUUCAAAACAAUAUCGCCUUCUUUGGAGGUGAUCCUAACUCUGUUACGCUGGUAGGCGAGAGUGUCGGCGCAGCUUCUGCCAAUUAUUUACUUCUUAACAAUGAAGCAAAGGGUUUAUUCCAUAAACUCAUCCUGCAAAGUGGAACAGUCAUGAUGCCUCAAGGUUUUAUUUACAACCCACUUGAGAGUGCAUCCAAAGUAGCAUCGGGAUUGGGCUACAAUACUUCAGACCCCACUGAGCUACUUCAUAUCUUCAAGAAUUCAACUGCUGAUGACAUUGUAAGAGCUUCUGAUUUUGAUCAGAGAAAUGACGUAUUCGCACCUUAUUUAUUUAAACCUUGUGCAGAAGCAGAAUCGAGCGACAAGCCGCUGUUAACUAAAGAGCCAAUGGAAUUGUUAAAAAACAUAAGCCUUACAAUUCCUGUUAUUAUCGGAUACAAUGAUAGAGAGGGUAUUUACUGGGCGACCCAAUACGACUUCUUCCGAACCUUGGAAAAAGUAAGGGAGAAUUUCGAUCACAUAAUACCAAAUUAUUUACAAUUUGGACAAAGAAGUGAUAAGGAAUCUUUUACUAAUGAUAUUUUUGCAAUGUAUUUUCGGAAUUCGACAGCGACAGAUGGUUUAAUAGAUUAUUUUACAGAUUCUUUAAUUUCUUAUCCGAGCGUCUAUACAUCUGAGGCUUUCAUAAAAGCGUCUAACCGAUCCCUGUACAACUAUUAUUUCAAAUUUGACUCCACGAGGAACUUGAAUAAGUUUCUUACUCGUUUGCCACUGGCAGCCGGAGCAUGUCAUGGGGACGAGUUGUUUUACUUAUUUGAUCCGGUAAUAUACACAUUACUGCCUUCACUUCCCAAAGACAAGAGAAUGAUAAAUACUAUGACGAAAUUAUGGGCGAGUUUCGCUAAAACUGGGAUUCCAUCUGGCGUCGACCCUGCCUGGCAAACCAGUGGAGAACAACUAAACUUCCUUGAGAUAGACACAACUUUAAAAAUGAUAUCAUUACCAAACAAAGAAAGAAUACGAUUCUGGAGAGAAACCUUUGAAAAAUAUGGAAGACGAUGAUGUGUAUAUUGCCUUUUUUAUGUAAAUAUGUAAUUAAACAUUUAAGUAUA